UUGCAAAGUUGCUGAGGCUGAUACUCGGGUAAAGAUUAUACAUUUCAACUUAAAAAACAUGAUCGACUUCUGUCAACAAAGCAUCGCCAUUUUGAACCUUUCUAGCAGUUGAAGUUCAUCAUGAAGGCCUUACUGCUCUUGCUUGCCCUUGUAAGUCUUGGUGGAUGUGUGCUUGUGGAGUGGACAGCAGAUGAGUUCUUCAACCCUUUGGAGGAGCCAGAAAAGUGUGGCAGACAUGAGAGCAGUCCUUCAUACGUGUGCGACCCUAAUGGCAUAAUUACUGUUAGACAAGCCGACUUUUUGGACCACAUCCUGUUGAACAUGCAGAAUGAGACUGAUUGUCCCUGCUCUACAAACAACUGUGAAAGUCGAGCACACAGUAAAGGCUACAUCAUAGCUAUAGCCCUGGUCAAGAAACUUAAGAGACCUGACAAUGUCCCCGAUAAUGAGAUGGGCCGAAUGGGACUUGCACAAACAUUUGUGUAUGAUCUGCAGCGUAAACACUGGGUCUGGGGAAAGUGUGAUGAAGUGACCAUCAUCUUCUUCUCAAAGGAUGAUGGCAUUCUGAUGACAACCACGGGUGUAACCCCGGCACGAAAACUGACUGGAGAGGUUACCAAUUACAUACAGAAGGAGCUUGUGAGAUUCUUCCAGAAAGGCGGGAAUGUAGGACAGGGUCUCCACUACCUGACUAUCAACUACAGGCAUGUUUUAGACAACUACAAGUACUCCCCUGUGCUAUAUGCUGACACACCCAUCCAUAGCACUGCUGCCAUGGCGACCAUCUCCAUAGCAACCAGCAUCAUCACAACAUUACUCGCCAUUUACUUCUGCUAGAUCAAAACAUUGCAAUGUUGGUUUUUCAAAAAAUAGUUAUUGUGAUUUUCACAUGAAUUACCAAAUACUAUGAAUUUAAUUCAAGAUUAACUUUAAUGAGAUUUGAUAUGAACAUGCUUAUGCUAUGAAUUCAUAAAUUGUUUUGUAAGAAGCUUUUAAACCAGAAAAUCUAGUUGCAUUUACAUGUAGAUUUGUUAUGUGUAAAUACAUGUAUUGAUGGAUUCCAACCUUGAUUCAAAAAGUUUGAACUUUAUUUGUAAGUCACGGUUCCAUAUUGCCAAAAAUGUUGGGAUAUACUUGAAUUGUAAACAUUGUAUUGUUGAAUUUUUUGGGUUUUUUAUCAGGGUAUUUUGAACAUUUUAGUUUGCUACUUCUGUGAAACUUACACUUUAAAUAUCAACAAGAAGAUGCUACUUUUGUAUCUUUUAUUAUAUUUAUGCUUCAGCAAUAUUAGAAUCUCAGCAUGCAGUUUUGCUUAUUGAAGUUUUUGUACCCCAUACAAAAUAAGAUUACCCCUCCAAGCAUUGUCAGUUUUAGGUGGGGUUUCCAAAUAUUUCAAUGCCAUUUCCUAUUUGGGCUGCGUUCAGGGGUAUUUAUCACAUUCAGUGAUAGCUUGAGAUGUCCUCCAUGUGGUGACAAUGAAACUGUUUGUUUUCAUUUAGAGAUAUUUGAUAAAGAUUUGAACUGCUUACUUGAAACUGAAAUCUCAACCAGAAGAAAACCACCAUUGUAUUCAGUCUCUUAAGUGUCAGAAUACAAUGUAAUUGCCUCUUAUUUCGUCGUAUUUAAACAUCACAACAACAAUUGAUCACUUGAUUAAUAACAUGUUAUUUUGGUGGUUAGUUUUGGGAUUACAUGUACCUUGUUAUUGAUUGAGAUGCACUCUAGUGAGUAUUUGUACUUGUAAGUUAGGUACUUGAGCUAGCUGAAGUACUUAUUCGUGUUUCCACUUAUAUAAAGGAUUUCUAAGUACUUAAUGACGUUACUAGUAAAUGUUAAAUAAAGCACUUUACCUAUGUAUGAUUAUCAGUCUGUAUAAAAAAAUCACAAUAUUUCAACUAUUUAAAUUAUCAUUAAAUUUGGUUACAAAAAUAGUGUUCAAUAUUUCACUGACAUGGAAUAUAAAAUCUAAAUAGUUAAGAGUUAUUUUUUCUUGAGGUUAUAAAUGUAUUAACAUGCUACUUGUUGUAUAUUGUGUCCAUUUUAUGUAUACGGUAGAUUUCUAGAGCUGAAUUAUAUUUAUGAAAGAAAGAGAGUUGUAGGAGAUGAGAUUUUCAAGAAUGUAUGACUGUUUGCCUGUCAUAAAUGAAACAAUUAACCAUCAUGUUUUGUAGUUGCCAGUUUUUGUGCCAUUUAACUUUCUUGUUGUAAUACAGGUGUUCUUAUGUUGAGAUUGAGAGCUUUUUAACUUUAGACUAUUGUACAGUUAUUAAUGCUGAUUUUUUAAUGGGAUCUAAGCCCCUUUACACUGCUUUAAGCAUGAAUCCCUCAUACUGAAACAGACGCCCUGCUUUUUUCAGGUUUGACAAUUAUCGGCUGUUAGGACCCCUGGUUAUGCCUAGGUUUACCAGUAGAAAUGUACAUGUAUACAUAAAGCUGAACUUUUAAAGCUGAAUUUUUACCAUGCAUCAAAGCAUAGGGAUAAACUUUUUUAGCUCGUCUCUUUUAAAAAAUAAAUAAAAGAAUAUUGUCAUAGUCGUUGUGUCAUCAUCAUCAGCAUUAUGAUGCAAAAGCCUUUUCCAUAUUCAAUUGAACUUGGUGCAUAUGUUGCCAGGAACACUACGCACAUGUUUAGCACGACCCAUAACUCUAGCUGCGAUACUGUUGAGUUAUGGCAAAAAAGAUGAGCAUUGGUAUUUUCUCUGCAGCGCUCUUAAAUAAAAUAACUUUUUUUUAAGUUAAUUAAUGAUCAACCCUCAUAGAUCUUCUAUUAUUAUGAUGUGGAUUGUUUUAUUUAGAGUUUACCUAAGGGUUGAUUUCCCUAGUGUAUAUUGAUAUAAUGGUUUGUUUUUAUUUUACUUUUUUGCAUGGUAUACCGAUUAUUUAGUAUGUAGUUGUUUUGAUUGUUGUUUGUAUCUGUUGCUUUUUUAUUAUGCAAUAACCGUUUAUAGAAGCUUUAUACUUUUUAAUAAACGUUUUUAUUAAAACA